GGUCCGCCAAAUGGUGCCAGGAGCUGAACGAAAACUUCUUGAACACCACCACCUCUCUACAGAAUUUCUGGUUCACCACGCAGGACCUUCAUCUCUCUCGUACGACCCAAUACCGUCGGACAGACCUAAAUACGAGACUGAAUGCGGUCCAUUACUCAAUAAGACUGCGCCGGACGUCUGCACGACCAACAAGUGCUCAGAUUUCUGUCUAGAAGAUAUAGAUCAGGCAUGCAUGAUGUCCAAUAUUGUGGACAGCAGCUACAACUCAGUUCAAACUCUAGCCGGGCAAACGAUACCGAUAACCAUAAAAAAUCACAACUCCACGGCUCCUUUGUCCUUCUCGAACCUUCCCAUGAAGUAUGGCACGAUGCACUACGAUCAUCCGGCAAGCGUGCAGUGCACCAGCACGCUGCAUCAAGGAUUUUUGGGGGUGUCGGACUUGGGGAGUUCUAGUUCGACUAGUUCCAGUGGUUACUGCGGUAGGAGUAAGACACUGCAGCAUCAGAAGAACAAGAAAAAGUGCGAUAAAAUCGAUACGUUUCAAGUACCUGAAACAAGUCUCGCGGAUUUCGGGAAACGAACAAACGAAUUCAGUUUUUCCGGGAGUGCAGUGUGACAAGAGGUGACUGACGGUUCAAGUCAUAUAUUCUAAAAUGGUUAUUGUAGCCAAAGUUCAUAUAUAUAACUAAUGUCUCAUAAUGAUGAAAGAAGAGGUUUAAAGAUAAACGAUCGUUAGGUCCACAUAUGCCCUUCUUCGAAAUCUUUUCUUCUUUUUAUAUAACAUACAGAAUGGAAUGAAGGAUACAGAACCUUCGAUACGAUUCUUAAAAUCUAUAUAAAAAUGAGAUAAAUGAAACUAUUUCAUUCACUGAUACCAAUUGAAAAUUGGUGAAGUCCCAUUCAGGAAAAAUGUAUCAAAAAAACUUAUGAACAUACUCGUUUGAAUACACGUUUCACCAAUCACGAUGGCUUCAUGGGGAGAAUAUUCGAAUUUUUUUUUUUUGUGUUCCUUCAGACUGAAACAUGUUUUGUGAGACGAGGUCUAGAAGAGAGGUAUUACUCUUGUGUGUAGGAAAAGUAUUUAUCUUGAGUUCAUUCCACUUCAAAGCUUCAAAGUCCACCUCUCAGUCAUUAUUCAAGGUUCAUUUUCAUUGAUCCCAAUUCAAAACUGAAUGAUUUCGUGAGAAUGUAAUGAUGACAAGCAGAUAAAUGAUGAUUCUCUCAGUGAUUCAUACACAAAAAUAGUUACACGACCCAUUCAAAUGAAUAUGGUUUGAACAAUUUUUCAUUUCGAGUGACUCGAAAAUUACAAAUCACCAACCAGAAUUCAUAGGAGGAAUCGUCAUAGUCACACCACAAAAUAGUGUAUAUAGAAACAGUAUAUUAAAUAUAUUGAUUUGUUUGCAACUGAAAGACGGUUUGUAAAAAUGAGAAAUUGUAAAAGGUUGACAUGGAAAUUAUAUUUUCUUUUUCCAAAAUGAAUGAAAAAAUCUUCAGAAGUACCUACUCAAGCUAUUGCUCAUAUAAAAGAAACAAAUACAUUUUUUCCAACUAGAACCAGUCCAAAGAAUCAUACAUUACUUUUACUAGUCACCUUUGUACUCAAUAAUAUUCCUUUCAGCAUCAACUUUCAUCGGUUUUCUAAAGAAACACAAUCCAAAUGUAAAUAUAUCAUUGAUGGUGUCUUGAUAUUACCAGAAACAAUGAUUCAAUAAAAGUGCUUCUACUAUGGACAAACUAUUGGCAUUUUAUCAUUUUGCAGGCCAAAGAUAAAUUUUAUGUCUCAGAUAUUGGUCAGCAGACGAACGUAACACAAUUACGGUCAUUGUUCGCCACGUUGUGACUGAUUUGAAACUUUUAGGUUUAAAAAUUCAUUCCAAAAACUUACCCGACAAAAGGAACAAUGUUUCUUAUGUUAUGAUGCUUAUUUUAUCAAUCCACUGAUCAUCAUUCCUGCAUCUAAAUUUGAAAAAUAUUCAAAAAAAGAAAAAAUACUGUAGACAACUUUUUUUCAACAGAAAUGAACCUUGGUGACCAAUAAUAUGUUCAUCCGCAGACAUUGUGAAAUAGUACGAAGUAAUGCAACCAGCUGAAGAAGUAUUUCUCAGAAAAUUCAAUGUAACCACCGUAUUGAUAAAAAUCUAUUCACUUAGGAUAGGAAGUAUUUUUAAAUCGAGUAAGUCAUACAUUAAAAGUAAGGACGUCAUUUCAACUCCCUUUCUCAAAUCUCAAACUGUUCGAUUCUUUCGGAUUGCAUUACUUCUUUCUUUCCAAGUGACAUUUUAUGACCACAUUUAUGUCAAGUUACCUCGAUGCGACAAAUCAGAAGUUCAUAUCGUAAUAUUCUCAACGUACUUUUGGAUUGGUUGUUAAUUCAUACAAGAAUUGUGAUUGCUGUGAUAAAUAAUUUACUAUAACUACCCUAAUUAUCAACCAGUAUUUUAAGGUUUGUGAUUUGUUUGUUACCAACAAUUUGCAUUG